AAAAAAUAUUCCCUUCAGCAACACCAAAAUCUGUAUUAAUUUCUGUCAAGGUUCACAACAGGCAAAAGGAUAGAGAAAAAAUAAAACCAUGAAAUAGCAAAAUCUGGCUGGUACCUCAGAAAUCCUGAGGUCUUGGGGGUGAACAGGGACAGCAUGAAGAGACCGAUCACGGUGGGCUUCAUCAGAUGGGAAGGUAUGAGCUUUUGGUUCAGAACUUCAUGGGAUCACGGAAAGAUGCUGGCGGAGGGGUAAGGUGCAUAGUUCAAGGGAUCACCGGAGAAGCUGACCUAAUAUGCUGCGCUAUCAAUUAAUCCAACCUACGACGGAUCUGGCAGCUAUAUGUUCAUUUCUAGAAUGAUUUCGCGAAAUUUCUUAUCUGAAAUUUUAGAAUUGAAUUUUUCUUUAUUUGUUAUUUAUUAUUUUUUAUUAUUAUUAUUAUUUUUUGUUCUUUCUAACCAAUUAAAUCAGACUAUGGAUG